AUGUUCUUGAGACGGAAAAAACCGUUUGAGAAACUUGCGGCAUGUGAAGCUGCUUCUUUGAAUUUCAUGGAAGGAAAAAAGCUAUCUACACUUUCAGAUCUGAUUUCUAUGUUGAGGGAUUUCAUUUUUUAUGAAAUACCACCUGCGCCUGAUGAUUUACUUUUUGGAAAUGGUCAGACUAAAUGGGAAGAACUAGGUGAAACUAAUGUGAUAAUACGGCGAAAGCAUAAAUCGGUUCUUGUCAAUGGUGGAAGCAGUGUAUUCGUAAAGCUGCUUGUUGUUAAAAUGUGGCAAGAACUUUUUGUAUCUUUGAUGAAUAUACGUAUGCGAAAAAACGGUUUUGGUUUUCCUGUCUCAUUUCCAUCUGUUCAUGUUAUUGAAGAAAGCUGAAUUCUCUGUGGUGGUGGCAUUUUUGUUCUAUAUUCUGGUUAAUAGCUUUUACGGAUUUAUUCCGCAAAUUUUGAAAACUUACCUUUCGUGCAGCA